UCAGGGACGAGGAAGCCCCGCCCCCGGCCGGGCGCGCGCAGCCUAGCCCAAGCCCGGCCUCCCGCCUGUUGCCCACGACCCUCUGCAGGCAGCCUCCAGAACCACCGCGCGUCCUGCGGACUGCGGCUUGGGCCCGGGAGGGAGAGAGCGACAUGGCGGCGGCUAAGUCCGAGAACCUCUCCGUGGUGGUGCACGGACCCGGGGACCUGCGCCUGGAAAACUCUGUUAUCCCUGAACCAGGCCCAGAUGAGGUGCUGCUGAAGAUGCAUUCGGUUGGAAUCUGCGGCUCAGAUGUCCACUACUGGCAGCACGGUCGAAUUGGGGAUUUUGUUGUGAAAAAGCCAAUGGUGCUGGGGCAUGAAGCUUCAGGAACAGUCGUAAAAGUGGGAUCAUUGGUAAAGCACCUAAAACCAGGUGACCGUGUUGCCAUCGAGCCUGGUGCUCCCCGAGAAAUCGAUGAAUUCUGCAAGAUUGGCCGGUACAAUCUGUCGCCGUCCAUCUUCUUCUGUGCCACGCCCCCCGAUGACGGGAACCUCUGCCGGUUCUAUAAGCACAACGCCAGCUUCUGCUACAAGCUUCCUGACAAUGUCACCUUUGAGGAAGGGGCCCUGAUUGAGCCACUGUCUGUGGGAAUCCAUGCCUGCCGGCGAGCUGGAGUCACCCUGGGGAACAAAGUCUUUGUGUGUGGAGCUGGGCCAAUAGGACUGGUCAGUUUGCUCGUGGCCAAGGCAAUGGGUGCAGCUCAAGUGGUGGUGACUGAUCUGUCUGCCUCUCGGUUGUCUAAAGCUAAAGAAGUCGGGGCUGAUUUCAUCCUCCAGAUCUCCAAGGAGAGUCCUCAGGAAAUCGCCAGUAAAGUGGAAGGUCUACUGGGGUGCAAGCCAGAAGUCACCGUCGAGUGCACAGGGGCGGAGACCGCCAUCCAGGCGGGCAUCUACGCCACUUGUUCUGGUGGGACCCUGGUGCUUGUGGGGCUGGGCUCUGAGAUGACCACUGUGCCCCUAGUGCAUGCGGCCACCAGGGAGGUGGAUAUCAAGGGUGUGUUUCGAUACUGCAACACGUGGCCGAUGGCGAUUUCAAUGCUUGCAUCCAAGUCUGUGAAUGUAAAGCCCUUAGUCACCCAUAGGUUUCCUCUGGAGAAAGCUCUGGAGGCCUUUGAAACAUCCCGAAAGGGAUUGGGGUUGAAAGUCAUGCUUAAGUGCGACCCCGACGACCAGAAUCCCUAAUGUUAAUUGGGCUCUGCCCUCAUCCCCACCCUCUCAGCAUCUUGGGGCUGAAUGGCUGGCAGGGGUGGGCUUUGAUGCACAAGUUUCUUUUGAAUAGUAAGAAUAACUAAAAGAAUUCAUUAUAAGCAGAGAGCCUUACCCAGAGGAGUUGGUGUGCCUUAAAAACAGCGAUAGAUUUGGGGAACUUGUAGCCAGAAUGACCUGUUCAUGCUGAGCAAAGUUCAGCAAAUGGAGCAGAGCUUGGCAGGCAGUUGCUGGGAACUCCCCUUCUUCCUGGAGUGCUUGAGUCGAGCAGGGAAAGAAAUCUGUCCAAUGGGUUCCUGGUUCCACCAUGACUGUGGCCAGAUGGGAGAUGGGGUGCGCGUUAUGAAGAGACAACUUGAUCAAGACUUAACUGGCGCAGAAGCUGAUUUUCAGGAAAAUCUGCAGCUGAGGGUCUGGAAUGAGGGAUUGUCAGCAGUUUUAGUUUAAAGCAGUGUUUCUAGACAUAAAUGUUAUUUGGUUUGAUGACAAAAGGAGAAUAAGAGACUGACUUUCCCUGGUCUAGGAUAAUUUUAAAACCAAUCAAACAAAACUGAAAUCCCAUGUGAGGGAUUCAGUUGCAUUCCCCAAAUAUAGAAAUAGUCAGGGAACUUCUCAGCGCUGCUUGAAGACUGCCUCUUCCACUCCUGAGAAUUCUGUGUCACCUUGCAAGGUAAAGAACUGCCUUCCCAACUCUCCCCACCCCCACCCUUCUGCAGGUUCAGGGGCAGCCACUGCAGGCUCCUUGGGCACUAGGUAGCCAGGAGGCACCUACCUAAGUGCAGUCAUGGGGAGUCUCAUGGGAGACCUUAAAUUGUUCCUCUGACUAGCCCAAGAGGGUUUGGUCAGUGCCCCUGUCUUCCCCACCCCACAGGAUUAGCAUCUCCUCCUAGGCUCAAACUCACUGAUGAUUAUUAGACAAUUCCAUUUAAUUAUAAACAGAAAACCUUUCCCUUUCUCACAGCCAGUUAAAGCUCUUGGUAUCUUUCUGUCUAUUUGAAUGAUAUCUCCAAACUUGUCUUAUUUUAAUUGUGGGGUUUUCCUGUGUAAGAUUUGGAUCCAAAUCACAUUAUGCCUAUCUGUGACUUUGAGAUUGUUAAUCAAGAAUGAG